GUGAUGCGUCGGGCUUCGGGAAACAUCGUCAUCUCUCGUGGAUCGACACUCGGUCAAGGAUGGAGGAAGAGGCACGCAAGCUUCUCGAAGAAGGUAUAAGAAAGAAGCUGGUUAGUCCUGGCAAAGGAGAGCUGUCGACUUUCCCCAAUGGAACCAAGGUGAUUUUCCACUACCGCACCAGCCUGUGUGAUGGCACAGUGUUGGAUGACUCCCGAACCAUGGGGGGACGCAGCAAACCCAUGGAGCUCAUACUGGGCAAGAAGUUCAAACUCGCUGUGUGGGAGAGAGUCAUCAUCACAAUGAGAGAAGGAGAACAGGCAGAAUUUACCUGCGAUAAUAAGCACACAGCACUGUACCCACUCGUAUCGCAAUCUCUGAGAAACAUCAGCGCUGGUAAAGACCCAUUGGAAGGUCAGAGGCACUGCUGUGGCAUUGCCCAGAUCCAUUCGCACCAUUCAUUGGGGCACAAGGACCUGGAUCAUCUUCAAGCCAAUCCACAGCCCCUUGUCUUUGCUAUUGAGCUGCUGCAGGUUCUUCCCCCGGGAUCAUUCCAGCUUGAUGUGUGGGCUAUGACGGACGAAGAGAAACUUGCACUUGUACCUCAGAUUCAUGAGGAAGGCAACGCGCUCUUCAAACAAGGCAAAAUACCAGAGGCUUCAGAAAAAUACUAUAAUGGCAUUGCCUGCCUAAAAAAUCUACAGAUGAAGGAGCAUCCUGGAGACCAAGCGUGGGUAAAGUUGGACCUUAUGAUCACACCACUGCUCCUCAAUUACUGCCAGUGCAAGUUACUCCAAGGCCAUUACUAUGAAGUCAUUGAGCACUGCUCAUCAUUGGUCUUCAAGUAUGAGGACAACGUGAAGGCUUAUUACAAGCGGGCUAAAGCUCACGCUGCAGUGUGGAAUGAGACAGAGGCACGAGAAGACUUUGCUAAGGUGUUGCAGCUGGACCCGUCUCUUGGGCCGUCUGUGGCCAAGGAGCUGAAGGCCAUGGAGGAGAGGAUCCGUGCCAAAGAAAAAGAGGAGAAAGGUCGCUAUAAAGGUUUAUUUUGUGCACCAACAGCCACUGCCACUACAGGUUGAAUUGAAGUGAUGCAGGCCAAUUCCAAGAUGGAGAAGCUGCAGACACUGCUGGUAUUUCAGUUUUAUCCAUGAUGCACUUACGCCAAACUUUAUUCCGUCCUGCCCAAUUCGGUCCACACAGACACAUGCAUUGUUGUGUUGUACAUUGUCAGGUUGUACAUAGAAACAAAAAGGUCUACUAUCUUUAACAUGGUCUCUUGCCUAUUUUAUGUGAAGUCCCUCUGUAAUGGUAACAGUUUUAAUGAGCACAUGUUGCUGUUUGUUUGACAGAAACAGUAGGUGUGUACUAACCAGCGGCAUUGUUAAUUCAGUGACUCAUCUUCGGGCUAUAGCAGCUCUCAAAUCUGUCUCCUGCUAAGCUGCUAGAGGUUUCAGAAAUCUGUGAUGUUGUAAAAUGACUAGCUCAACGAAAUGAGCUACCUACAGUUGUUAACUUCAGCAAUGACCUUUACACAAUUUGCAGAUUUUUAUUUAAUGAUGCUUUUUGGGAUGUUUAUGAAAAGUCAUUUUAUGGCAAUUUAUAUAGUGAUCGCCAGCGCUAGAAACAAAUAGAUUUAUUUCUGGAACAUUUUCUGUUUUGAAUUGUAGGCCCAACAAAGUACCCUCCAGGAAUAGAUUUGUUAUUAUGUUUUGCUCAAAGGACACCAUGUACUGUCUUCGCACCUCCACAAACCCUGUUCUGUCUUUACAAUGGUGGAAGUGUAUCGCCGAGUAAAUAGGAGAUCAUUAUCUCUUAGUAGGUGUGACAUGGAAACAGAGCAACCUUUGUCAUUAUAUAUAUAUGAAACGUAUAUAUAUGCUUAUCUUUGCUCCUUAUUUCAUUUAUCUAAGAAAUACUAAUGUUCCAGCUGAGAUGUAGUCAGUGACACCUGCAGUAUCUUCUUGCUUAGAGUUAUUGAUUCCUUGUAAACACAUUGGUCAUUAGAACAUCCUUCCUGAUGUGAGAUGCUUGAGGUUGUGAUCAUGUAUGAAUAAAAUGUUUAUCCUCA